UAAGAUUGCAGAAGCUUAGUGGUGCUGUCUUACCCUGUCUCACUCUUUUUUUCAUGCUCAGUCUUCGCUCUUGUUGUCUUACUCAACUUUAAACAUGGCAGAGGCUUUUGUUGGCACAUGGAACUUGAAGGAGAGCAAGAAUUUCGAUGACUACAUGAAAGCCCUCGGUGUGGGCUUUGCCACACGUCAAGUUGGCAGUAUGACCAAACCCACAACCAUUAUCUCCAUGGAGGGUGAUGUCAUCACACUUAAGACCGUCAGCACUUUCAAAAGCACAGAAAUCAACUUCAAACUGGGAGAGGAGUUUGAUGAGACCACUGCAGAUGACCGUAAAUGCAAGUCAUUGGUGACCCUAGAUGGAGGCAAGUUGGUUCAUGUUCAGAAAUGGGACGGGAAAGAGACCAGCCUGGUCCGAGAAGUCAGUGACAACAACCUCACUCUGACAUUGACGCUUGGUGAUGUUGUCUCCACGCGACACUAUGUGAAGGCAGAAUAAAGGGAAAACUCAAGUUACAAUUCGUCCUCUAGUCCUGGCAACUUUAUACCUCCCGAUGUCUGUAUAUGAUGUCUUAUACUGGAUGUGUGUGAUCUGCUUUUAGUCAGUGUUGAGGUCUACACCUUUGGUCUACAAUAAAUGUGACAUUCGUUCCAGA